UUCAAAGCUAUAGGAAGCUUCAUACAGGCUGUCUCGGCUACGGCAUUCGCGACUGCACAUCUCCGCUAGUCCAUCCAGCCCUCGCGUUUCUCACACGGCAGAGAAGCAUGUUGUCCGCACAAGCUUUGUUCGUUCAAGAAGACGGGAAGAGGAUGGCAAGAUCCCCGCGAUUUCUCCACCUUCGAGUUGCGUCAUGAUGUCUGGUCGAGACAUGGGUCGGGGAUUUAGCCUAAACGUAACAUUGUCCAUCCGCCGAUUCUCCAUUUUCCAGGCGGCAUUUAGGCCGGAUCUUGAAUUUAUGGCGGUAACUCUUGAGAGAUAUAUUUAUGUCCAGGAGCUGCCUGUGAAGGGCUCAUCUUGGCUCUUCGCAACGCUCGUAAAAAUACUCUCGACCUCAAUGUUGGCAACAUUCAUGGGUCUCAAGACGAUGCCUUCGUAGGCAUAUUCGAGGCCGUCAGUAUGAAAUAAGUCCAAUGUGUAGA